AUGGCUCCCAAGAUCGCUAUUGUCUACUACUCGACCUACGGUCACAUCGUCAAGCUCGCUGAGGCCGAGAAGAAGGGUAUUGAGGCUGCUGGUGGAAAGGCCGAUAUCUUCCAGAUCGAGGAGACUCUUUCUCAGGAUGUCCUCACCCUGAUGCACGCCCCUGGCAAGGCCAGCUACCCCGUCGUUGAGCCCCAGACCCUCCUCGAGUACGAUGCCAUUCUCUUCGGUAUCCCCACCCGUUACGGUAACUUCCCUGCCCAGUGGAAGACCUUCUGGGACAAGACUGGCAGCAUCUGGGCCACCGGUGGUUUCUGGGGAAAGUACGCCGGUCUCUUCAUCUCCACCGGUACCCAGGGUGGUGGUCAGGAGUCCACUGCUCUCGCCUCCAUGAGCACGCUUGCUCACCACGGCUUCAUCUACGUCCCUCUCGGCUACAAGACCGCCUUCGCUCAGCUCUCCAACUUGUCCGAGAUCCACGGUGGUAGCCCCUGGGGUGCCGGUACCUUCGCCGGUGCCGACGGCUCUCGCCAGCCCAGCGCUCUCGAGAUCGAGCUUGCUGAGAUUCAGGGCAAGUCUUUCUACGAGCACGUCGCCAAGGCUUUCUCUGCUAAGAAAGAAGCGGCACCCAACACGACCCAGGCUCCUGCUGCGGCAGCACAGACUGAAAAGAAGGAAUCUCAGGAGAACAGCGAGGAGGGAGGUCCCUGCGGUCUGCCGAAGAAAUGCAACAUACUUUGA